AUGUCAAGUGUCAAGGUACAGGCUGGCUACCAGAUUCGGCGCAGUUUCGCCCAAGCGGGUGCCCCGGUGAUGUUCGAUCCCCUCUUCCAUGCGCGCGGCAAAGCGGCCACCCCCGAGUCAAUGGCUGACGAGCACAGCUCCUGCGCAGGUGCUGGAAGUCUGGCAAUGCAGCUGUUUGAACUUCAGAUGCCGGAUCCUUUCCGCUCCUGGGAAACACUUCGGAUCACUGCGAAAGUGCCGAAGGAGUGGCUGGAGGUUCAUCCCCUUCCGGAAAUGAUGGGCGACAACAAUAUUGACGAUUUUUGGUGA